GUCGAAUUUAUCAAAUCAACUCCGACGUUUAGAGAGGACUUAGUGUAGAGAAAUCUUUUCCUUAAAUAUAUUAUUGUUGUGCAUAAAAAUUCUUCAAAUAUGUAACAGGGAAUUCGGGCAUGCGACUAGUCUAUUCUGCAAUGCAAUCAGUGAUCAAUAGGAACGUAUAAAUGAAUACAUAUCGCGUCUGACCGAGUCAUGGCGGUCUUUGAGGAAUACGACAACGUUAAUAUUUGGUGGUUUCCAAAGGAAUUUUGUCAGUCGAGGUAUGGAGAAUAUCGAACAAGCGGUACAAAUUCGUGUACCCUAAUAACGCUGAUACUGGCCAAUAAAAUCUCCAAAGAAAUUGUGUUCCGUCCCAAUGACUCGGCAAUAUUACCUGCAAAAGGGGUUCAAAUAUUUGGUGAUGCUAUGAACGAAGGUAAUAAAGUCUAUUGGCAGUUGUUUGACCAAGCCGACGUUAUGCUCGACAGCAGUGGCAAAAGAAGAGCUCCGAAUCUUAAUAUACCCGAGGCCAUUGAUGCACUAAACGCUCAAGUCGAAAUAGAAUUCGAUUUGAAAGAGUGGUUUUACACGCAUCUCACUGCCAAUCCCACGAAGGAAACCUACGCCGAAUCGGUGUCCUCUCGCAUUGCUCAGGUCUUGCGGCUAGGAAUGCAACUGUUUAAGAGACCAAGCAGCAAUAGCAGCGCCAAAAACCUGUUUGCCGCCCUAAUAGCGGACAGUCGGACAACGAUAUUUGUUUUUGAUUUCCCCAGUAAUACAGUGUCGUUUUUCGACUCUCAUCAGCAUGGUCGACGUGCAGGAGCCGUUGUGGCAAUUUGUGCUAUGGAAAACUUCGAUAGAUUAGCGCGAUGGUUUGUCACAAUGCUGGCCGAUAUUUACCACAGCCGGCCAUCCCUGUUUGAGAUAUCAUUCCUCACGACCGGUCUCGACGCCCGCAAUCUUAUAUCGCCGACACUGGAUCAUUGAUUUGCACAAAAUUCAUCCUAACCCUUGCUAUUCCGAUAUAAAAAUAAUCUGUAAUGAGUAAUAAAUUAUAUUUUUUAAUUUAUCUACAA